AUGUCACCAUCUCUUACCCAUCACGAUCUCUUCGUCCUCGAAAAGAUGAAAGAUCCCGAAGCAAGUUCUUCAGCAUCAGCGCCCCUCAUGAUCGACUCUUCCCUCCCAAAAGAUCCCCACGUCGCAGACUCCUCCCUUUAUCAAACCGUCAGCACUCGCGAACUUGUCAUAAUAUCCUCCAUCCAAGCCGUGGAGCUCCAGAUAGCUGGCCUCAAACCCGCCGUAUCUCAGCCACAACCAACGUCGGCUCUCGCCCAAUAUGAAUCCAGUCUCAAGAACCUCGGCGAGCUAAUACGCGAAUAUCCCAACUACGCCAGCGCCCGCAAUAAUCGAGCACAAGCUCUACGAAGGGUUUACGGCGACGGGAUACUCGUCAAGUCUCCAGAUUCCAAUCCUACAAGCUCGCUCAGAAAAGACGAAGCACCGCCCCUCGAUACCACAGCAUCAGAUACAGCCUUCCUGUCCAUCUCGUCAACCCUCCUCGCUGACCUCGAUGCCGCGAUUUCCCUCCUUGCACCUCCCACGCCCUACACACCCCUCUCCCCACGCGCCGCAAGAACCCUCUCCCAGGCAUACACACAACGUGGAGCGCUAUACCACCUGACUGCCAAACGACUAAGCGUGAAAGCAGCAGAGUUACGGAUAGACCAGGGUAGGAGGGAGGCAGGGUGGAGUGCGACGGAGUUUGCUGAGCAGGCGUCGAGGGAUUUUAUGUGGGGUGGGCGAUAUGGGAAUGAGGUUGCGAAGGCGUUGGCGGUUAGUGCAAAUCCGACGGCGAAGCUGUGCGGGGACAUGGUCAGGGAGGCCAUGCUGAGGGAGUAUAAUGGCGCUAGUGCUAAAGAUGGGGAAACGGCUUGA